AUGGCCUGUGGUAGAUUUUUACCUCGAGAAAUGGGAGAUGACCGUCGAAUUGAGUCCUCGACGGUUAGUAUACUUUUCCUUGAUUUUUAAUUCACAAGAAGGUUACACGUUUAACUAUUCAACUUGAAUUAAAUAUUAGAGAGUAGUUUUUCAAGAAAAACAACUAUUUUUUCAUUCAAAUCCAAUAUUGCUAAUAAAUAACAUGGGAGGUCGUUUUAGUUGGCGGUUUGAAGUUUUCUGAAAGCUUUCUGAAAGUUUCCUCAAAUGUCCUUCAACUGUCUAGAUAGAAUCCCCUCAUAGUCGACCUGUGUAAAAUUCUAGUUUUUGAGAUGGAUAAUCGCUUUUAAAUAAGGUUAUAAAAGUUAAGCAUGAAACUCAUCUUUCGCAAUCAAAAGUCACUUCUAUAAAACUAGAAGUUUGUGCAGGCAGUGACUCUGAGAGAUCUUCAUCUAGUCCUUCAGUGCUUGAGCAGAUUCCUAGACAAUUCCAAACCGCCAAGAAAAUGGUUUUAAAAAUGUGUUCACAAACUAUUAUUCAAUGAAUGCUUUUGAAAAUCAUCAUAUAUGAAGCUAUUCUACUUUUCUUUGACAACUUUCGCUCUAUAAUUAUAAUAGAUUUCGAGAGCAAGAUUUUUGAAUCUACUAUAGCUAAAUAGUUGAAAGUAUCAUUUCAGAAAGUUUCGGGGUCGAUGACAGCUGAAGAGCUCCAUUCCAGAACUCAACAGAUAGAGAAGAGACCUAUGUACUGUUGUGCCCCGUUGCUUCGAAGUUUCGUAACUACUAUCGGAUCCAUCUUGUUCGUCUUUCUCGUCUUGGUAGCGGCCUACGCUUUUUUGAACUUUCUUUUUAGCUGCGAGUCCUAUAAAGCUCACUUGAAUAAGAUGUAUGAGGAUUGCCCACGAAUGCCCACUUUCAUUUUGUGAUCUCUAAUUUUUCUGAUUUAAAUCAUUAAUUCUUUUCGUGAUCUUUAAUCGCUGAUCUAGCGAUUAUAUUGUACUAUAAUUUUGUUUUCUUUCUGUAAUAAACAGUUCAUUAUAAACUCUCCAUUCUGAUGAAUUCGAAUGGGAUAGAAUCGACACGAUUUAUUCCCAAUCUUCUCUCACAAGUUAUACCAUCAGAUCUGGCACGUUAGGAGGUGAUUUUGGAUUGAUCCCAGCUUGUACUCUUGGCGGAGAUUUUAUGUUUAGUUUGACUGAUUUUAGAAUGAAUGUUAACUUUUUUGAUUUUUUCGAAACUUGAAAGGUUGCCGAAAAUUGAACCUCUUAAAAAAUGGAAAGUUUAAAUGAAAAUCAAUAUGACUUCCGUAACUUUUAUAGUACAACUCCUAUUAUCUCACUGGGUAAGCAUCCUCCGUCAUUCUUCUGUGCAUCUUUCUUCUUUUACGGUCUUACUUUAUUAUUUUUGAUAGGCAAUGAAUUAACUAUAUACAGUAUAUAAUAUACUAUUAUUAUUAUUAUUAUUAUUAUUAUCAUCAUCAUCAUUGAAAAUAUUUCCUUCUAUCUUUGUAUAAAUUGUUUUUUUCCCACUCUAAGUUUCGUACACGUGUAAGAACUAAUGAGGGCCAUCGUUUGACGUGACCUUGCCUCUGGCCCAAGCGUCUUCUCCGAGCUCGGGCCUUCAAUGCUCAACUCGACUUCUACCAAUGCAGCGUUGUUUUCUUCUGAUUUUCGCUCUCGUUUUCCUAGAAGUCGCUCAAACUGGGAAGCUGAUGACCAAAGAGCUGAGCGACGAACUGGCUCAUUUGGAGAAACCAAAGAUAAUCGGAAAUUCUAAGGUUCGUUACAAUCCUUUAUUUGAAAUUUCAAUGGCCUGGCGUUAACUUUAUUAGGUCAUUAAUUAUUGAAACAUUUUGGAUAUUUUCUCAAAAACUAAGAAUUUCAACUUUCCAAGCUAUCGUUAUUUCAGAAAGAGCCUAUCCAGGAUAGUCCUCGAUUCCUCGACCGUGUUCAAGUUCUCGAAACAAAAAUGGCGAACAUUCAAGCCAGUAAACAACAACUGGAGACAGAAAUUCACGAGCUGCAGAUGAUUCAGGCGGUUAAGCCUCCACAAAACAUCUUUAUCUUGGUGCUGAACAUCCUGGCCUCGGUUCUGCUGUGGUUCAGCUUCUUCAUCUUUCAUAUUCUGUACAUUUGCCUUAUUGGCUCCUGUCGCGUGUGCUGUCACGUCGAAAAAGUUCAUUCGGAAAACAUUCCUCCACCUCAAGCUCUCGUCUAGCUCAUUUUUAAUUCGAUUUUCUGAAAGGCCACAAUACUUGCAACAAUUAAAUCAAAGCGAUGUACAAAUUGGAAAAAAAAGCCAUAAAUUUUGAUUUUCUCCUGUAAUUAUCUUGGAGUGGCAACUGUUUUUUGGACUAACCUUUUCAAUUUUAUUAUCGUUGUGUUUCUUUGUUUUUUGAUUAAAUGAAUAAAUUCUUUUCUUCACUGUGUCCCCACCCUCAGUACUUUAUUGUUUUCACAUUUCGGAAAGAUUGUUACAAAAAGACUCCUCGAAGCCUCUGAUAGCUCUGAAAAGAUUAUGAAGCAUUAACCGGUUACUGCCAACAAAAAACAACAAGCAGCUUGGUAUACACGGAGACGAACCAAGGAAAAACGAGAUAUGAGAGGCGAUUCAGGCGGAUGACGUGACGACCAACGCAACUGAUAUGCAUCGCUCUGGCUGGUUAUUAUGCAUAAAAAUAUUGAACUAAUGGCCGGCGAAACCGGUCUCUAAACCGCCCGUUUUGAGGAAUCCCGAUGGCCGCGCCCACGAUCGCCAAGCCGUCUGAAGCAGUCGUCUUCUUGGCUGCCACUCAAGAUGUCGUCGUCGUCGCUUGUUCUGUUGAUCGCACUUGUCGGCUCAGCCCUCGCCUACCACCGUACGUCUUGCGAUGUUUCUGAGCAUUCAUGUUCGGUCGUAAAGUCAAAAAAAAUUUCUGAUAUUUUCAAAAUUUAUCCAAGCACAGCACAUUUAUAGGCUGGCUUUACAAUUAGAUGUUUACUGAUUCUGAAUAAGAGCGCCAAAAUUCGGCAUAGUUUAAGCAGAAAAAAACUGAGAUGCUUUGAUAAUUCCUGAUUUCCCGUCAUAUUUUCCUUUUAGCCUUCAAUAUAUUGGUUUAUUUCAGAUCUCCGUGACUUCAAUAAUUUUAUCGUGAUUCAAGUACUGAAGUUUAAUGAGUCCUUUUUUUCACGUUUCUUUCAAACUUUACUUUCUGAGAUUUAUUUAAUUAAACUUCAGCCACUCCGAACUCUUUACACUGCUUCGCAGACAUACCAUAUUAGAGUUAUUUAGAAACACAGAAAUUUUAAAAACUCACAAUUGGAGCUUGAAGUGCUUUUGAUGCUCAAUUAAACAUAUUUCUUCUAAUUUGUUUGCGCUGUCAUUAGAAAAAUUGAUAGCUCACGUUAUAAUUUCCCAUCUUUCAGAGUUUUAUUAUAAUGGAGAAAAGUUCAGAAUAUCGUGAACUCAAAUGUUCAACCCCGACGAACACCAUUCGAGGGGGACCAGACAGGUGAGCAAAACAAAAAUUCAAGUUUUGAUCACAAGUUGAUUUGACAGAGCGGAGUGCCACUUGGUUCUGAAGGCCGAAGAACUAGAGACGGGUCGUCCAGUUCCCACAGGACUCGGAUGCUGGCGGGUUCGUUUUCUCUUCGCUUUUUCUCUCAAAUUCAGACUUUGCAGGAGGACCACGACGGCGAAGAGCGGGAGUACUGCGAUAUCGUGUGUCCCAAGUCGCACACCGUCUUCAUCGCCUACAUCGAUCAGGGCCACCGAGCCUGCUUCAACUUCAUCACCUAUCAAAUCGAAAAGGUAUGUUUAAUCAAAAAAUAUUUCUUUGCAACUAAUUCAAAAACGUCUUGAAGACUUUCCCUGCCUGAGGUUAACCGGGUUCGGAAAAGAACAUUUUUUUCAAAUAUAUUAUAAAUUUUUACGCAACUAAGUAGAGACUGAAACCUUUUUUUCUCGAUUCCUUGAUAAAUUAAGUUCUUAAACCGAGGGAUACUGAAGCUCGUCCACCGUAACUCAAAAAAAAAAUCAGUAUUAUUUGCGUCCUUUUUCCUUCACCGGAACAGUAACAAAAAACGCGUGAACACGAGUGUUUUGAUGAGAUAAAAAAGCCUAUAAGAGCAAGACUGUGGCUAAUGCGGGUGAUUAGUAUCAUUUUACGCAGUUUCAAAAAAAAAAAUCGUUUUUAAAUUUGACGGGAUAUGUUUUCAGCGCGAAGAUGAGUACGUUCUCUGGCGCAGCGGAAAAUGUCUCACUUCGACGGUCAACUACCGAAUAGGAUGCAAGUUCGACGACCCGUUCGACACCCAGUUCAAGACCGACAACGAGAUCUUCGCCCAUCUCCGAGCUCGUGCUCGUCGCGUCUGA